AUGUUCGCACUCCGUAAUACUCCAGGAACAGAUUCAGGCAUCUCUCCUUCAGAAAUUGUUUUCGGCGAGCGGCAAAGUUUCCCUGGAGAAGUACUUCGCGAUCAUGAUGAAACUUCAUUUAAUUCUUUCGUAUCUUCUCUCAAAUUAGCUAUCAGGAAGCAGAUUCCAUCGAGACCCGAAUGGCAUCAGGCAUCAGACGUCAACUAUUUCGUUCCUAAACAACUUCGAGAUUGCGAUCACGUCUUCGUAAGAAUCGAUCGUGUUCAGCCAGGACUCAAGUUGAAAUUCGAUGGCCCAUUCAGAGUUAUUUCAAGGAAGGAGAAGGUUUUCACUUUAGACAUCGAUGGAAAAGAUGAAGCA